AGACAGCAAAGCGCUUCCUGAGUUCGGGGGUCGGCGGAAGAUGGCGGCUGCCACCGGGAGCUGGUACUUGUGCGAAUUGCUGAGGUUAUUUUGUUCAUUAUUCUUCCCUGGGCUAAUUGUAUGUGGAACUUUAUGUGUGUGUUUGGUCAUUCUCCUCUGUGGAAUCAGGCAACUGCUACAGAAAAAGAAAAAGUCAGCAUCGACUAGCAAAGAUGGGACAAGUCAGAAAGUGAUUGCGUUCUUUCAUCCAUACUGUAAUGCCGGCGGUGGAGGAGAAAGAGUUUUAUGGUGUGCUUUAAGAGCUCUGCAGAAAAAGUAUCCUGGAGCCAUUUAUGUGGUUUAUACUGGUGAUACUAAUGUCAGUGGUCAGCAGAUACUAGAAGGUGCUUUCAGAAGAUUUAACAUCAAAUUAAUUCACCCAGUGAAGUUUGUCUUCUUAAAGAAACGCUAUCUUGUAGAAGAUUCACUUUACCCUCACUUCACAUUACUGGGCCAAAGCCUUGGAUCCAUUUUGCUUGGCUGGGAGGCCCUGCUGCAGUGUGUUCCUGAUAUUUACAUUGAUUCAAUGGGAUACGCUUUCACACUUCCUCUGUUUAAAUAUUUAGGUGGCUGCCACGUUGGAAGCUAUGUUCAUUACCCUACUAUAAGUACUGACAUGCUCUCUGUAGUGAAGAAUCAAAAUGUUGGGUUUAAUAAUGCAGCCUUCAUUACUAGAAACCCUUUCCUCAGCAAACUCAAGCUCAUCUAUUACUACUUAUUUGCUUUUGUUUAUGGGCUUGUUGGUUCCUGCAGUGACAUAGUCAUGGUCAAUUCUUCUUGGACACUGAACCAUAUCCUCUUGCUUUGGAAGACUGGGGACUGCACUAACAUUGUUUAUCCACCUUGUGAUGUGAAAACAUUUCUGGACAUUCCAUUACAUGAAAAAAAGAUGGCCUCGGGACAUUUACUGGUUUCUAUUGGCCAAUUCAGACCUGAAAAGAAUCAUGCUUUACAGAUCAAAGCCUUUGCCAAAUUGCUAAGUAAGAAGGUGGCUAAGUCAUUUCCUUCUCUUAAGCUUAUCCUUAUUGGAGGCUGUCGUAACCAAGAUGAUGAAUUUAGGGUAGACCAACUGAGAAAACUUUCUGAAGAUCUGGGUGUUCAAGAACAUGUGGAAUUUAGAAUAAACAUUCCCUUUGAGGAGUUGAAGAAUUAUUUGUCUAAAGCAACUAUUGGUCUGCACACGAUGUGGAAUGAGCAUUUUGGGAUUGGAGUUGUUGAGUGUAUGGCAGCUGGCACAAUUAUCCUCGCACACAAUUCAGGGGGCCCAAAGCUUGACAUUGUGGUUCCCCACGAAGGAGAUAUCACUGGAUUUCUGGCUGAAAGUGAAGAAGGCUAUGCUGACGCUAUGGCUCAGAUUCUUUCUAUGUCAACUGAAAAGAGACUCCAAAUCAGAAGCAAUGCUCGUGCCUCAAUAAGCAGAUUCUCAGAUCAGGAGUUUGAAGUAGCAUUCCUGUCAUCUGUGGAGAAAUUAUUCCAGAAAUGCCAUGUCUGUACAAAUUAAAGAUUUUAUAUAUAUAUAUAUAUAUAUAUAUAUAUAAAACAUGGUUAAUUACCUUCAUACCUUAAUGUUUUUCUAAACUCCUUCCCUGGUGUUACAAAGUCAACCUAAACAGUGUUCUGAGUAUUAUGAAUAUAGGUAAAUUAUUUAUGUUAAUGGAAAAAAAAAAGGUAGAAUCACCUAAAUGGUAAAAGGAAUCUUACAUAAUUUAAAUGUAAAAUAUUUAGAGUAGCUUGGUCCUGGAGAUGACACAGUGGCUAGAGUGCUAGACUUAAAAGCAUGGGGUCCUAAGUUCAGUCCCUGGCAUUGCAUGUACUAGAAUGUUGUAUCUCUCUCUCUCUGUCCUGUUAAUAUGUAUAUAUUAGCCUUGUGUUUUUGUGGUUUUUUGUUUGUUUGUUUAUUUCUUUGGUUUUUUACCAGAGCACUGAUCAGCUCUGGUUUAUGGUGGUGCAGGGGAUUGAACCUGGCACUUUGGAGCUUCAGCCAUGAGAGUCUCUUUGCAUAACUAUUAUGCUAUCUAUCCAUGCCAUAUAUAUAUGGAUUAGUUUUGGUCUAAAAUUCUGAAAAAUAUAGAUCUAAAGGGAAAGUAAUAAUUUUUUUAAUAGAUUUUAUUGUUUUUAUUUGUUAGGAAAGAGAAAGUGAAAGGGGGGAGAGAGUAUGUGUGGGAGAAAGAGAGACUCCUACAGCACUGCUUCACCACUUGUGAAGCUUCCCCCACUGCAGUUGUAGACUGGGACUUGAACCCAAGAAUUCAUGUUUUUCAAAUGCUAUUUGUACUUUUUUUUUUUUUUUUUUUUAAACCAGAGCACUGCUCAGCUCUGGCUUAUGGCAGUGUGGGGGAUUGAACCUGGGACUUGAGAGCCUCAGGCAUGAAAGUCUCUUUGUAUAACCAUUAUGCUAUACCCCCACCCUUGUCCUAUCUUUUUACUUUAGUAACCAGGAAAGAAAAUUUUCUUUUAACCUAAAGGAAGUGUUUAAUUGGUAAUCCAUUAGUACUUUAGAAUUGUUUUGACCUACUAAAGACAGAAAAAUUCAGGUGCAUUUAAAUUCUAAACAAUAUUGUAAAUGGCCUUUGUUUUUUCCAGGGCUCAAACCCAGUAGAAUAUACCUUACUAUUGUUUUAAAAGGAAAAUGAAACUUUAAGCAGGUUUAAUCAUGUUCUCAAACUUUGAUCAAAAGAUUGAUUCUGAUUCUCUGUGGACGUAUGUAGAAGCUUAAGGUACUUUUAGUAUUUGAGAAGUAGUUCUUUGUUUAUUGCUAUCAGUACAUUUGCACUCGGCUUCUCAUUAUUCCUUAACAUUUCCUUAUAUUGGAGGAUGGAAGUUAGUUUCAUUUUUGUCAUUUUUUUUUUUAGUCAAAUUUUAUUGGUUUAUAUCAACAUAGCUUUAUGUUAGAUGAUUCAAUUUAGAGAAGACUGGUAGAAACUGGAGCUAAGGACCCCACAAAUUCUUUCAUAUGGUUUUGUUUUCAACUUUACAGACAAGAACAAAUCAAAGAACUCGGAUUCCUUCAGUGUCACAAAGCUGUUUAAAUGGGUGUGGGGACUCCCAGCCCAGUGUUUUUUUCUUACCAGAAAGCUAGUCUUUGCUCACUUGUCCUACUCAUCUAACUAAAGAAAAGCAUGGGAUUAGUUAAAAAAUUGAAAUGGACAGAAUAAAAGCAGAGUAUUAGUAAAGGAAGCAGAAUCUUGGAAUUCCAUACACCAUUUUUAAAGUUGGUUUCUUAAAUAUUUUCAUAAUUUACAUCUAUGUCUACUUUCAUUGUUGCUAAUGUGUUGUAUGUUAUAUGUAUGUUUUCUUAAUGACUAGUGCCAUGAAAAGUAUGCCAAUAAUGUGUCAGCUACUGUCUGUAUGGACUUCUGUUGAGUAACUAUUAUAAGACAUUGCCUGGGGAUCAGGGACAGGUGUGGAUUAGUUUGGGGCAAACAGAAUUGUAUGCCUGAGGAUCUGAAGUCCCAGGUUUGAUCCCCCCACUACUAUAAGCUGAGCAAUGCUCUGGUUAAAAAACAAGUAAGGGCUAGGGAGAAAGCAUAAUGAGUAUGUAAAUAGACUUAUGCCUGAGGCGCCAAGUGUCCCAGGUUCAAUCCCCAAUCACCAUUAACCAAAGUUGAGCAAUGCUCUGGUAAAGAUAAGCAGACAUUGCCUUUCAGGGAUCCGAAUACACUAUGCUUUGGACUCACAACAGUGGUGAUUCACAUUCUUAAUUCCAGUUGUACAUACUAAAUACAUAGGAGAAAAAGAAAGGAAUUGUUCCACUACUAGGAAGUUACAUGUUCUUUGUAAUCUAUUUCCACCUAAAUAUGAUUUAGAUUUAAUUAAUGCAAAAUAUUUGUAUCUAAAUAAAUGUUUUGCAUUAUCUUGAAUUCUUUUCCUAGUAGGGUGCCUUUAAUAAACAUCCAUUUUCCCAA